CGCGCUCGCCGGGCCGCCUGCUACUCGCCCCUGGCCGGGCUCUCUCCGCUCCUGGAGCUGAGCUUCUUGCGCUAGGUCCAGAGGGGGAGGCAGAUUUUGUGGAGGUAUAUUACUUUGUCAUUAUGAGAUGUCGUCUCUCGGUGCUUCCUUUGUGCAAAUCAAAUUUGAUGACUUGCAGUUUUUUGAAAACUGCGGCGGAGGGAGUUUUGGAAGUGUUUAUCGAGCCAGAUGGAUAUCACAAGACAAGGAAGUGGCUGUAAAGAAGCUGCUCAAGAUAGAGAAAGAGGCAGAAAUACUUAGUAUCCUCAGUCACAGAAACAUCAUCCAGUUUUACGGAGUAAUUCUUGAACCUCCCAACUAUGGUAUCGUAACAGAGUAUGCUUCUCUAGGAUCAUUAUAUGAUUACAUAAACAGUAAUAGAAGUGAGGAAAUGGAUAUGGAGCAUAUUAUGACUUGGGCCACUGAUGUAGCUAAAGGAAUGCACUAUUUACAUAUGGAGGCUCCAGUCAAGGUGAUUCACAGAGAUCUCAAAUCAAGAAAUGUUGUCAUAGCUGCUGAUGGAGUAUUAAAGAUCUGUGAUUUUGGUGCCUCACGGUUCCAUAACCAUACAACACACAUGUCCUUGGUAGGCACUUUUCCAUGGAUGGCCCCAGAAGUUAUCCAGAGUCUUCCAGUUUCUGAAACUUGUGAUACAUAUUCCUAUGGUGUGGUUCUCUGGGAGAUGCUAACAAGGGAGGUCCCCUUUAAAGGUUUGGAAGGAUUACAAGUAGCUUGGCUUGUAGUGGAAAAAAACGAGAGAUUAACCAUUCCCAGCAGUUGCCCCAGAAGCUUUGCUGAAUUGCUGCAUCAGUGUUGGGAAGCCGAUUCAAAGAAACGUCCAUCAUUCAAGCAAAUCAUUUCAAUUCUGGAGUCCAUGUCAAAUGACACUAACCUUCCUGACCAGUGUAACUCAUUUCUGCAUAAUAAGGCAGAAUGGAGAUGUGAAAUCGAGGCAACACUUGAGAGACUAAAGAAACUGGAGCGAGAUCUCAGCUUUAAAGAGCAGGAGCUGAAGGAAAGAGAGAGACGUCUGAAAAUGUGGGAGCAAAAGCUGACCGAACAGUCCAACACUCCUCUUCUCUUGCCUCUUGCUGCAAGAAUGUCUGAGGAGUCUUACUUUGAAUCUAAGACAGAGGAAUCAAACAGUGCAGAGAUGUCAUGUCAAAUCACAGCAACAAGUAACGGGGAGGGAGAUGGCAUGAAGCAAAGUCUACAGGCCAUGAUGGUGAUGGGCUUUGGGGAUGUCUUCUCAAUGAACAAAGCAGGAGCUGUCCUGCAUUCGGGGAUGCAGAUAAACAUGCAAGCCAAGCAGAAUUCUUCCAAAACCACAUCUAAGAGAAGGGGAAAGAAAAUCAACAUGGCCCUGGGGUUCAGUGAAUUUGACAUGUCAGAAGGUGACAAUGAUGAUGACGGUGAUGAGGAUGACAUGGAUGACAGUAGUGAAUGAAAUCAGAAAUCCAGAAUUCUCUUAAGCCUGAAAGCAAAGCAAUAAAAUUUUAAAUGUUCAGAAAAAAAAGAAACUUGUAAUUUUGAUCUAUAUGAAAAACAGUCAAGGAAGAAAUCAAACACUGUAUUUUUUUUUAGGCCAGUCACAUUUACUAUGGUAGCACUCUCUGUUUAGACUACUACUGAUUUAUUUUUGCUUAAUGAAAUUUUGAAGGAAAAUAAGAAAAAUGUUAAGAAAAAAUAGACAUAGCUCACAAUUCAACUGUAAUGUGGUGCCUGAUUACAGAAAUUUCUGUGGCUUAAAAAAAAGCACAAUUGACUUUCAUGCUGAGGAUAGUUUAACAUAUUUGAAACAUGAGUGUUUUGUACUGUGUAUUUGGCUUAAUUUUAUUUCCCUCUUACUACGGAUUAAGUUAUUUGUAUUUUGAGCAAAUGUUCCUGGCCUCAUAUUUCAACCUAAAUACUUAUUUCUGCUGUUAACCUAUUUUUAAAUCAGAGCAGUGAACUUCUUACAUAUUUAUUUUGUAUGAAAAUACUUGGUGAUGUCAGAAAUGCUUGGUUGUGACUGAAAUUUUUGACAAAAGAACCUGAGAUCAAAGAAAGUUGUUUCAAAUACCUGUCUUCAGUAAUACCCAAACAAAGAACAUUUUCAACACCAAAUUACUAUUUGUAUAGGAUCUCAUCCCAAAGUGUCCUAGUGCUUCUUGAAACACAGUUGCUUAAAGUAAAACCUGAGCAAUUUUAUCAAUAACAUGGUAGUGAAAGAAAGACUACUCAUCUUUGAAACUGACAGCAAAUGCUAGAGUCCUUUAUAUUUAUCUCUACAAAUGUUGGAGACUUAUCAAUGCACUUUCCUCUAAAAGUUAACUUGUAUUAUAUGUAAAUGAACUCAUACUUUAUACAUUAGAAAAAGGCUCCUAUGGAUGGGGGCACCACCCUCCAGCCUUGCGGGGCCCCAAACAUGGCCCUACUUUCAAUGAUCAAGAGAGAUGGAGUGGUAAUCCUGGAUCCUGAAUCUAUUUUUCAAAAGCAAUUAACCAUUGUGAAAUAAAAUUCAAAGGAAAAAUGACCAUAAUUAUUUAGGGGGAAUAGCACCAGAUUCUGUAGCUGAAUAGCUCUCCAUCAUGACCUAAUCACUAAUUUAGUUCUCAGACACUUCCCCAGAAUCAUCUGUAUGCUGCUAUGCCUCUUUCUGCAGUGACUCAGAGAUGCCAGUGUUUGUACAGAGAAACUGAUAGUUAUUUCUCUGGUGACUGCUUGAGAAACCUGGCAAAGCUAAGAUGUUUUCUAAAUGAAGUAGUGUCAGCAAUCUGUUUCCAGACUAAAUUAUGAAGCAAUUUAUUUUUUUCUUGAAACUAAAUCCUAUAAAAUGCCUUUGGUGGCAUUUUUUCCCUUAAGAAAACCUAACGAAAGACCAUCACAAAAGUUAUUAGUUAUACAUAUAUCCAUUGCCAUUUCCACUCGUAUUAGCUAACCCAAGCCUGAAAUUAAGCCUCCUAGGAUUUGAAAACUUCUAUGCUCCUAUACCCUUUUGAAAGUUUUAAAAAUACCCCCAAAGAGAUCUGUAUAAGUUGUGCCAGCUUCCUCAUUUGGAGUAAAUAUUAAGAUUUUUUGUAA